CCCGUGAGCCUUGGAAGGUCGAAGUGACGCGACAGGGGAGCCCGGAUACAGUUCCGCUUGAGGGAGCGUCCCUGAUUGCGUGGUUUGGCAGGACAAAACUGAGGACGUAAGCCCGGAAGACAUCCUCUCAGAUAACUCUAAGGGUCUGCCCUGACGAGCAUCUGUUUGGCCAAUAAGACUGUGGCACACACACCAGCCUAUUUCCCACCUGGCCUUGCCUUUGAUGUCACAAUCUGCCCUUGUGGAUAUCAGUCUGCCCACGGCUGCUCACAAACCAGUGGGCAAGGUCCAGAGGACCAGCACAGUAGUAUGUGGAAGAGAAUCGACCACCAGCUCAAGAUCAAAGCGGGGGAUGGGCCUCAGGCAGGACAGUUCAAGGAGCUGGGUCCAGCUCAGGAACCCACUGUGCCACACCGUCUAGGGCUGUCAGAAUUCCAGAGCUUCCCUGUGUUCGAGGACAUCAGCCAUCACAUCAAAGAAAUGGGGGCCCAACUGGUAAAGAAAGUCAAUGCCGUCUUUCAGCUGGACAUCACAAAGGAUGGGAAGACCAUCCUGCAGUGGACCAUUGAUCUGAAGAAUGGCUCUGGGGACACAUAUCCAGGACCUGCCAGGCUCCCAGCAGACACUGUCUUCACAAUCCCAGAGCCUGUCUUUAUGGAGUUGGUUUUGGGCAAAAUGAACCCUCAGAAAGCCUUCCUUGCCGGCAAGUUCAAAGUGAGCGGCAAAGUUCUGCUUGGCCAGAGACUGGAGAGAGUUUUCAAAGACUGGGCUAAAUAAUAAGCCUGCAAUAAUACCAGGGAAAUGAUCAGAACUUCUCUCCAAUUAUAAUGUUGAGCGGAAAUCACGCUUAAACUGAAGAUUAAAACAAAAAGUAUUCGAUAUUUUUACUCAAAUUCUUCCUAUUCAAGUUUGAUUACUUUUCUUGCUGAUGUGUAAAUUUGGAGUGAGGGUUCUAGAGCAGUAAAGAGUGUUGGAGUGUAUCACCCAAAAUCUUUGUCUUC